AUGGUGCCCAACGCCGUCCAGAGUCCCGUUUGCCUGUCGAAAAGUUUGGCACGGAUGGUGGAUGAUGCCGUUCCAUUGCGGUUCGCUGGUUAUUUCCACGACCUUCGCGGUGGCAAAGCAAAACUGACCAAUGAUGGCCAGACGGUGGUGCUCACGCUCGACCGGCAACCCGCGCUGCAGCCAUGCAUCGCCGGGGGUCCACUGAAGGGCGUGUACUUGUUUGAACAGCUACAUUUCCACUGGGGGCCCAACGAUAGCCAUGGCAGCGAGCACCUGAUCGAGGGGGUUGCACACGCCAUGGAAAUACAUCUCGUGCACUACAACGCCAAGUACGGCUCGUUCCGCAAAGCGAUGGACCGAAGCGAUGGGCUCGCGGUGGUGGCAUUUCUUGUGCACGCGCGGGGCAUCGUGGACUGUGAGGACUUUCGGCGAAUCACCCGCGAGCUGCCGCACAUUGUGAUCCCCGGCAGUACCAGACACGCCGCGGGCGAUUGUAUGCGCUGGCUGACGGCUCAGGACUUGGACAGACACUACUUUUCGUACCGGGGCACCAUGACAACCGCACCGUUCUUUGCUAGCGUCACCUGGAUCGUAUACGCUGCACCGGUUUACGUUUCGCACAAUCAAACGGCUGCUUUCAGAAAGCUCCGUACCUUCGCCGGCCACUGUGCGACCGAACCGACAUCGGCUACCAAGCGGAUCGAGAGUAACUUUCGACCGGUGCAACUGUCGAAACCCGCUGUAACGUUUGCUAGAAACACACGCCGGCGAAUGCGAGCUAAGCUUUGA